AUGGCCACCGUAUUGCAGCUUCCUCCUCCUGACACCGGUCCAGCCUUCAACGAGGUCUCAACGGGGAUAUCACCUGCACACGCCCAUAUGAAUGAAUACGCAAGCCGUCUUUCCAUUGCGGAGUUCGACCAGCUGGGAGACACGCGAUAUCCCACGUUGAACCCCGCUCCCAGGCCUCUUGCGUCUGUUAUGCCAAUCAACAGACCUGGACGACAUGCAGAUGCCCCCGCACCCGUCGAUGCGCAGGAAAGUUGGAGGGACUAUCCGAUGGGUGGAAAUGCCGAGGUAUGGAGAGGGGAGCAGCUUUUGCAGGAGGUCGCGGCCGGGGACCAACGUCGUGAAGAUGCGGCCUCCGCUUCCAGCAAGCCAUCCGCGCAGUCUCCAAACGCGGAGAGCACGCUGCAGCCAUACUCUACGCCGUCUGGGAGCCCCCCGCGCAUGUCAGAUCGUGUUGGACGUGAGGAUUCUUCUCAACGCCGUCCAUCAUCGCGAGGCCGCUCCGCAGAGGCCUCCCGACUUCCUGCAGAGUCAGCGCAAGCCCCAGAUAUGGGUCAGCGCUCGUCGGGGUUGCGCCAAUCCCAGGCGCAAGACCAAUACGGUUCUGCACCUCCCUCGUCGCCCCGCCAUCCCGCCUUACCUUCAGCGGGCAUAGGUGGACCUAGCGCUUCCGCCACAUCACCAAUCGUUCCUCUCGUCGCUGGUCCUUCGUUCACACCGUCUGGCAUGCAAGUCCACCUCUCAUCCAAACCCCGCGCAUCGGCGCAAUAUCCGACAUAUAUUACACCUCCCCCUGUCAUGAACAACAUGAACGCCACUUACACUCCGGCUCAGGCCCCCCGUGAGGAGGUCUGCGUCGAGUGUGCCAUGCGUGACCAAGACAUGGCCGACGUCGAUGUCACCGGCCCCGGCGUAUGGGAGCGGGACAGCGACGUGAUGUAUGAGGAGCUCCUCCACAGAGAACUGGAAGAGGAGGCUGCGGGUAUUGCACCCCCGGAAAACUCCUCUCGUCCACGGGCGAGGGGGAUGCCGUUGUCCGAGCAGAACCUGCGUGUCUGGCUCAGCAUUAACCCCAAAGAGCCCUCUUCCCGGCAACAGACGCUGGAUCAAUAUGUCAAGUCGCAACGGACCCUACUGGAGGCCGAGGCGCUUGCGCAUGCUCGUGCUAUGCGCGAGGCCAAGCAGCUGGAAGAGAAAAUGCGCGACACGUAUUCGCAACUUCGUCGGUCGGCAUACGAGUUGGGGACUACCGCACAGCUCAAUGACGAUGCCAGCGGCGUGCGGAUCAAGCCCCCGCGCUCAUCAUCUGUACCUGCUGCCUCCGCCCUCGCGAAAACCGACUCACAGGGUCGCGAGGUGACCUUGCUAGAGAAUGGCAUGAUCGUCGAGCACGUCGACGUGCGCAAGGAAGAGAAGGAGGAGCGCGACCGUCAGCGGAGGGAAGCGCGGCGCGACAGAAGCCGUGCUCGCAAGUCAUCGCGUGGCUCAGCCAUCGACGUUGCCUCCAUAUACUCCAUGCCCGUUCCGGGGUCGCAGAGACUUGGGACCAACGACAGUGGGUUCUUCUCUGGCCCUAAGGGCAGCGAGUCUCGUUACUCGCAAUCGUUCUCUCCGAGGCCGAGCAGUAUGCUUACGACCGGAGAGCGGCCGCACAUGCUGCCUCGUGCGUACUCGCAGGCGUCGUUCUCUGACAUGCAAAGUAUUGGAUCUUCGACGUCACCGAGGCGGUCCCGGUUCUUCGGUUUCAAGAACCUCACCGCAGGGUGGAGGAGUCAGGAGAGCUUUGCGCCAUCAGGUAGCAUGAUGGACAUGCACGUCGCUCUGCAACGAGAGGAGCAAUACCUACAACAACAUCCGCUAGCAGAGCCUGUAAGCAAUACACCGACACUACGUGUUGACGACCACUGGGUGCAGGAGGAAGGCUCGUCCCGCACCGCAACGCCUGCGAAUGGCUUGGAGCCGAAGAAGAAGAAGAGCGGGUUCAAGAAGAUCUGGAAGAUCGUGACAGGUUCCAAGAGUAGUUCCGGGCAGAAGGGUCGUCCUGAGUCGCGAUCGUUGGAGAAGUCUGAGGACUUCGCUCCGCUGGCCCCCCCGCCGCCAUUGUCGUACCUGGUGGACAGGGACCGUGGUCCUGGGUCCAGGCGGCACGUUUCCACUCCUUCGUUACCUACAUCUGUAUCCCCUAAUCCUGCGUCCCCGUACCCCGCCUCCCUCAUCACUGCACCUUCUAGCAUCAUCCCCUCGCCGACGUCCGGUAGACAUCCCGCGCCGGACAAGGACAACCUCAGCGACAGCCGCAAGAAUAGCGGCACUCUGGAGGACCAUCAUUCCCGGGCGCCCUCUGGGGAUGCCUCUCCGGAUCUGGACGCGCGUGGCCGCCCGGCCCAGAGUUCCUCGAGGACGCUGUCAAGUCUAGGACCGCAGACUCCACCCACGGCGCAGUCGCGCGUCUCCAUCGCGAUUCGGAGGGACAAGUCGCUACCUCCGUUACCAGCGGAAGCAGUUGACUUCCCUCAAGGCAGUCCCAUGGCCGAAGGGCGUCCGCAGACGAUGUUCACGUAUGGUCAUCUGCCCAUGUCAUUCUCGAGCGACAAGCUCCAGCCUCCACAAGCGCCAUUCCGGACCUCCGACAAACGCAGGCAGUCAUUCGGUGGUCUGACAUCGAAGGCGAUGAUGCAGAGCCUUCCAGUCAAGGGAGUGUUCGGAUCCACUCCCGUACCGCCCUUCCUUGCAGAAGAGCGAUACAGCGAAUUCGGCGCUUCGCGAUUCUCGCUGAGGGAUGCUGACAACUCUCGUGGGACCGGGACGCAACGCUCACGGGAUAUUACGGCACGAACCAAGCGACCAAGGAGUCGCUUCGGGCUGUCAGCACUCUUCGGGAAGAAGUCGUCGCACGGAAGCCAGAGUGGGGAGAAUGGCCAGGACGUUUACCCCAACGGCCUCAGGACCUCGGGGUCUGACCGUGAACACCCUGUGAUUGGCAACGGGAAUAGCCAUGCCCACACAGGCUCAACCUCGGCGCAUAGUGGCAACCAGCGGAUGUCCGUCGCGUCGCGAAAGAACAUCGCAGAGCUAGUCGACCAGGACCCUGAGUUCGUUGCAUACCGGUAUCCAUCGACAGAUGCACGGUUCGAGGUGCGAUGA